AUGCAGUCAAGUAAUUCUCUUGAGAAUACCUUGCAAAUGCUUGUGCAAACACAAAUGGUAGAGGAAAUGAAAGACAUGAAAAGCCAAAUGACAAAGUUAAACAUUUAUUUGGCAAUUCAAGAGUGUGGUAGACUUCCCGUUCAACCUCUAAUCCAUCAAAAAGGGAAACACAUGGCAGAAACCUCCACCUCUACAGAUACAAAUCUCAAAGAGGUUAAUGCCAUCACUACUCAAAGUGUUCAAACUACAGUUUCACCAUUAACUAAGACAACAAGUACGUCAAUGCCCACUCCAGAUGUUGAUGUACCAAUAAGCAUUCCAUUAAAGGCUCAUUUUCAUCAAGCAUUGAAAUCCAUUAGGAAGGUACUGGAAAAUCAUGACACCUUCCAGCAUUGCAUGAUAAGCAUAUGUAGUGAUAUGAUCGAGAAAUGCAUGGAAGUAUUCAUGGAAGAUUUGAUAGUAUUUGGAGAUUCCGUUGAAUCAACCCCUCUUAAUUUAGAAUCUGUGCUUGAACGAUGUAAAGAGAAAAGAUUAGUACUCAACUGGGAGAAAUGUCAUUUCAUGGUGCCAUCUGCCAUAGUCUUGGGGCAUGUCGUGUUGGAACAAAGAAUUGAGGUCGAUCAAUCAAAGAUUGAACUCAUAUCAAAGCUGCCCACCCCCAAGACUAUUAAAGACAUUCUAUCUUUCCUUGGGCAUCCAGGAUUCUAUAGGAGACUAGUCUAUAGCAAAGCAUGCCACCUUCCUAUUAAGUUGGAACAUAAAGCAUAUUGGGUUGUUAAAAGCCUAAAUUUUGAUCUCAAGGCGAGAGGACUCAAUCGUAAGCUUCAGUUGUCUGAAAUUGAGGAGCGAAGGGAUGAUGCUUAUGCCAACUCUAGGAUCUACAAGGCUAAAAUGAAAGCAUCUCAUGACAAGCAGAUCCUAAGGAAAGAAUUUGAUCCAAACCACCGAGUGCAUCUUUAUGACUCUUGUUUGCAUCUCCACCCUGGAAAGUUGAAAUCAAGGUGGACUGACCCAUAUGUUGUGAAAAUCAUCUUUCCCAAUGAUGUUGUUGAGGUCACAGACCUAAACGAUGGGAGAGUAUUCAAAGUAAAUGGUCAGAGACUGAAACACUACAUAGAGAGGGUGACCCAGCCUGAAGAAGUCGCUCUCGUGUAA